AUGUAACAGAAUUACACAAAACUCUCUUGGUAGGCUGUAGUACAAAAUACAAUUUGCACACGGGCACUCUUCUUCCGUUUACCCGAGUGUUAGUUUAAUAAACUGUAAUUUAUAAUGCAUAAAAUUGUAGUAAUUUUAAUUGUGGCAUACACAGUUUACGUAUUACACCCGAAUCAACCGUUACGGCAAGAAGAAAUGGAAGUUACCGACGAGUGCGAAUGUGGCAUUUUUAGUACCAAAACACCGAAGCCUUACGAUAUCCCAAUUCUGAUGAAAAUAAUAGAGAACAGACAUAACGAGGAUAGUCUACCAAACUGUGCGAAAAUAUGUAACAAAUUACUCCGCGAAUCAGAAAACACAGUUCCUAAUGUUCUUUGCGCAAUUUUAGGGGAGUACGACAAUCGGAGGGUCUUUCUACACGCCCGUUCCUACCAAUUUGAACCGUGGACCUUUACCGGCUUAAUGACGGUUCGUUUCUGCUGCUACGGGUAUCGACCAAUCGGUUGUUAGCAUUUAAACGAUUACUCGCUUUGUUCAUAAUUUU